AUGUCCCGCACCGGCAGCUCGCCCUUCGAAAUCUACUCCGAUGCCGCUAACGACACCUCCUUCGACGCCGACAGCAGCGACCUAUUUCAAGAAGACAAUCCCAUCGCAAGCGUCGAGUUCCAAGAUCCUGCAGACCUCUUCUCAGAUAUCGAGCCCACACGACGGCGCAUCUCAGCCCUGACAAACCGCACCAAUGCAACAUCCAUAAUCUCAUCCAUGCCCUCCGAGCUCUCACAUCUCACGCGGGGUGACAGAGCCUAUACACCUCUCAAACAGCGUCCACAGUUCCGCAACACCAGCUCCGUCCGCGCGCUCCACAUGUCCUCGCCGCCGCCUUUCGAGGGGUACCCUAGCCCGCGGUCCGGAGGCGCUGGCACAAAAGGAAGAUAUGGCCUCCUCACGCCAUCGCGAACACAGCGGUCUGAUACGCUGCAGAGCGCACGAAGCAGUCGCAGCGGGGCAAAGCCCCCUAAAACCUCGCCCCGCCCACCGCCUCCGCUUCCAGAAGAGGAGGACACGAAGAAGCAGUAUCCGCUGGUGCUGCUGCACAUCACGCUGCUGCCCGUUCCGUCACCAUUCCCGCCCGCCCUCAUGGCUGCCGUGCUGCCAAAGUGGCUGCAGCGGAAUUUCCGGCUGCUGGAGGCGAAGCUAGCGGAUCCCACGCUCAUGCAACGCGGGAUAUUGGUGUCGCAUCCGGGGGAAGAAUAUGAGCUGCUGGAAGAGAGACUGCUGGAGAGCUUAGAGCUCAGAGCGCCAAGGAUUAGCAAGUGUGGGCAUUUUUGUGCUCCGGGCGACGGGGAGGAGGGGGAGAUGGAGGAUGAUAUUGGAAGCAGUAGCACAGUUGUUGAUGAUGCCGGAACUGCAGACUUGGGUCGUGAAAGGGACGAUGAUGAUGAGGCCGAUGCGACAGUAUGCGAGGACUGCCACCGCGCCAUCGCCAGCCCGGGUCAGCCUGUCGGAAUGGGUAGACAGCGCUGGGACAUGAGGGUCUACGCAGCUAAUGGACUGAUGCGCACGGGUGCUUGGGCAGCGGCUUGGAGCGAGAUGGAGAGAGUGGAUGUGGAAAUCUCGCCUUGGAUUCCGGAGGGACUGAGAAGAGAGCUAGAGCGGAGACGUGACGAGGAAAAAAUUGCGAUCGCGCAGUUGGAGCAGGAGGAAGAGCAAAAGAGGAGACUACUCAUGGAAGAGGAGGAGAGUGCAAGAGUCGCGGCUGCGGAGUUGGAGACUUUGAGUAAGAAGGUGGAAGAGAGUGUGAAGCAGAUGGACCUGCCUUUGCCGGUUCGUGAGCAACGCGACACGUAUGUUUCGGGAAAAGCUCAGCACGACUACGCGGCACCAGCACCGCUACGAGCGCAGGACAUUCCACUCUCGAUACUAUUGCGGAAUUAUCUCUACCUCUUAGCUCGCGACCGUCGCAACAUGGUAAUGCUCCUCAUGAGUGUUGUGAUUAUCUUCUUUUGCGUAGGGCAGAGAUCGGAGGUACAUCAAGACACGGAUGUUCACUGGCCGUUUCUGCUGGUGGAAAACGAGACCCAAUGCUCGCCAGUGUCUGUCGUCCUUACGACAACCGCGACAGAGGUGGUGACUGUAACGAUCGUCGACACAAUAGCGCCAGCUCACGAAGCUGUAGCCACGUGCUAUUCACUGCCAGUCAUUAACUCGUCUCUUGUAGCAGAGCAGCACUCAGCAUCCCAAUUGGAUACUUCCGCCCCUGUACCGAGACUAUCAGUUUCGACGUCAGUAGUAACCCCCGUGCUAUCAGAACCGACAACAGCUCCAGAAAUAUCAGCGGGCAAGCCAGAUACGGUUAAGCCCCACGUCGAAGGCGUCCCAACAGAACAGCCAGCUGUACCAGAUUCGCCCCUGCUUGAAGGCGGCCAAUCACCAGCCCCAGCGGCACCAGAGGGUGUUGAUAGUGUUGUGACACAGGGCGUAACGGCGAUCGACGUUCUUGGGAGAGUUUCUGACGGUCCGAUGGAGAUGAGCGAGGACUGA